AUGGAAAUUCCGGCGUCGCGGAAACCUGGAGAUGUUAUCUGUAUGGAGCGUAUUUUCCCUCUGCCGCAAAUCAUACGCAACAAAAUCAUAGAUGUUUUUUGUCAGCUCGACCCUCCUGCUCGCGAGGAAGCCAAAAAACUCCCAAGCAACAGAGACUGUCUGGUCCGUCCGUAUCUUGGUAGAGUCCGCAUAGCAGGCAGCCAGAAGAGGCUCAGAGCAUUUUCUCUUCGAAACUACAAGCUGCAUCUCGACCAAAUCCAGUAUCUAGGUCUAGAUGCUGAAGCAUAUGCCACUGCAAUGGCGAAGGCAAUGGCAACAAUGCAUUGGGACAUCAGAAUCGACGCGGCCGAUAUCGAGUUCGUACUUGGAAGCUCACCUGCAGAGGAAGACACGAUAACCAGACCAAAAAGCUUGGAACAGCUGCAAAACUUGACGGCAAAAACAGAUACGUACACCGAGGUUGUGGUGUCAAGUCCAAAUUUCAAGCAACGCCUCGUCAGUCUUUGGCUCGUGGACUUUGAUGCAUGCAAUGACAUCAGCAUGGAUGAAACAGGUGUUCAACAAGCAGUCAGAGCCUUUGUGGAGAAUGAGCCAUACUGUCCACGGCCGAACGGUGGAACAUCAUACAGUGAUCAGUUGUGGAGAGCAUUUAGUACCCAAUACCUUGCUACAAGUAUGGCAAUUCUGGGUGAGAAGCAUGAUGCCGCCGGCUUGCCACGCAUGUUCCUAACCGGUUCAGUCGUGGCCAAGGACGAGGUAGGGCACAAUCAGAGGGAGUUUCCAGAUCACAGGGUCGGGGAAGGGGAGAUCAUAAUAUAA